UUCCUUCAAGUGGCCAAGCCUGGGUCUGAGGAGUGUUUUCUGGGAGACCUGUGCUGAGGACAGAUCUCAGGGGACUGAGGACACUGGCUGACCUCUCUUGUCAGCCUGAGAGAUCCAAAUCAAGGUGACUCAAUUCUACAAGCAUCCGUUGGACAUCAACUGUGGGUUAUCCGUUGGCAUUAUUCUAGGGAUUACAGAUAGAAAAAUAAGACAGGUCCUCUGUACCUGAGAACCAUUCUCGUGGACAUACAUAGCUUUUACCAUAAUGAGAACCAAGAUGUUUUCCACCCAUCACCCCCCCCCAAAAAAAGCCUUUUAUUAAACAGCUGGAAACAAGUAGCUUAAAAGUUAAAUGGUAGAUUGGUUAAUAAUUUCUGAAAUCUCUUUCAGCUAAUGAUCAAUUAAUUAUGAAGUUUCUGACAUUAACCAGAAUUUUAUGUCUUGCCUGGGGGAAGGAGUGAAUGUACACAAGACAGGGCCCCAGGAGCCCAAAGACUGUGAGCCAGGGAGCAGGACGUGGAAAGAGACCAAAAAGAGAGAAGCCCUUAAGAAGGGUCCAAGACCAAGAAAUCUGAUUGGGAUCACUCUUGUUUACCUUCCUAUUGUCAGCACAAAUGGAAGAUAUGCUCGUGGCAUUGAAGCAGUUGCUUCCUUUUUGAAGAUCUGAAAAUUUCUGAGCCUAGUAUUUUUACUUUUAUUAUAACAAGGCAUUGUUUCCAGUAUCCUUCUUACUGACUUUUUAACCAACAACCCAAUGUAUUCACAUUUCAACAGCAGGGGUCACAAUACCUCCAGCCUUCCCUAAGGCCUCACCACAGAAGCUGAGAGGUUCAAUUGAAAGAAUUGGGCUCCAUCAUGAAUAUUGUGACAGCUAUUCUGCUACAGCGUGCGUAGGAAUACUGCCUUUUCUCCUGACGUCAAACUGCAUUUUCUUAUGAGACCCUCAGGACAACUGUGUAAGGGAUUGUUUCCAUGACCACCCUAACUGUGCUGGCCUAUGAACGUUAUAUUCGUGUGGUCCAUGCCAGAGUGAUCAAUUUUUCCUGGGCCUGGAGGGCCAUUACCUACAUCUGGCUGUACUCGCUGGCAUGGUCAGGAGCCCCUCUCCUGGGCUGGAACAGGUACAUCCUGGAUGUCCAUGGACUGGGCUGCGCUGUGGACUGGAAAUCCAAGGACGCCAACGAUGCCUCCUUUGUCCCUUUUUUAUUUCUUGGCCGACUGGUGGUGCCUGUGGGCGUCAUAGCCCAUUGCUACAGCCAUAUUCUGUAUUCCAUUCGAAUGCUUCGUGGUGUUGAAGAUCUUCAGACAAUUCAAGUGAUCAAGAUUUUAAGAUAUGAAAAGAAAGUGGCCAAAAUGUGCUUUUUUAUGAUAUUCAUCUUCCUGAUCUUUUGGAUGCCUUAUAUUGUGACCUGUUUCUUGGUGGUGAAUGGCUAUGGACACCUGGUCACUCCCACAGUGUCUGUUGUUUCCUAUCUCUUUGCUAAAUUGAGCACUGUAUAUAACCCGCUUAUUUAUAUCUUCAUGAUCAGAAAGUUUCGAAGGUCCCUUUGGCAGCUGCUCUGUUUCCGACUGCAGAGGGGCCAGAGGCCCGCUCCAGACCUCUCAGCAGCAGGGAGCGAGAUGCAGAUCAGGCCCAUCGUGAUGUCCCAGAAGGACAGUGACAGGCCAAAGAAAAAAGUCACUUUUAACUCUUCUUCCAUCAUCUUUAUCAUCACCAGUGAUGAAUCGCUAUCAGUCGACGACAGUGACAAAACCAACGUCUCCAAGGCUGAUGUGAUCCAAGUACGGCCUUUAUAAGAACAAACACGAAUGGAGAGGCGACAUGGGGACUUCAGUUGAACACCACUCUGAGACUCCCAUCACAAGGACUGUUUUGGAGUCCCCACCGUUUGGAACAUCAACCACACUUUUGUGGCCCAAAAGGAAAUUCGAGUCGUUCGUAUAUAUGGUCUCUAGCCUCUGGGGCAACUGAGCGAGACCAGUUCUUUUAGUCAACAGGCACUUUACAUAGUGAGGCCCGUGGGCGCACGACUGGCAUCUGGCCCCAUCAACUUCUAACAUGUUGGAAACUUUCAUUUUAAAUAUAGCUUUAAACGACGGCAUUUUACAAGGCACAUAAUACGUUCUUCUCGAAAACCACGUUGCUGUAAAAAUAACUUUGGCUCCCACCCUGGUGCGAAAUCGCUAGAAGAUCUUGGAUUUUCUGUAGCGUGGGUUUCUAGUCGGUGUCACGUCAAGUGUUUGACCAACCAAGUUUUAUCAGAGACCCUUCCAGGAAGAAGGGGAAACCAAACCCCGAAUUUUAUAGGAAACAAAAGACUUUCUACGUGAUAAAGAGGAGCUUCUGAUAAACGUG